GACUGCCGAGAGAAAGAACCACUAUCGCUUCAAUCACUGUUGGCGGUGAUUGUGUGUCGGUACGAGUAAGAGAUCGACUUUGAAAGCUCAGACUUCUUAUUAGUAUUGUAUCGUCUCUUACGAACGAAAGCGAGUACACGCUAUUCGAAAAAGAUCGAGUAAUUUUAGAAAAAAACUUUCAGUGUGAUUCCUCAAUUCUUCAGAGGUAUACUGUUUAGUGCUAAGUUGUUAGUUUUGUGGAUUACGUUACUUUGUGCCUCAAGAUGCUCUCAAGUAAUCAAUAUUUGAAACCGGAGUACCUUACACCUUUACCUACUACGUUGGAUGCCAAGAAGAGUCCGCUGGCUCUCCUUGCCCAAACAUGCAGUCAAAUUGGGGCAGACUCCCCCAACAGCAAGUUGUUGCAGAAUGCAUCAGAGAAGAGCAAAGGCGGCAAAUCCUCCUCCUCUUCUGAAUCUCUUAAAUUGAAAUCACCGAAUUCUUCAAGCGAGAGUCCAAUCAAAUCCAGUUUCAAACCGUAUGAAAUGAAUUUUUCAAGAGAAAAGACCCAAUCUCCGGACGAUCGUGCCAGUUCCGGUUCAAGUGCAAAUAGAGUGCGAACUCCCGUUGUUAAAAACAGUAUCUCUAACAAUCGAUGUAACAGUAAUCAAAGCAGUCACUCGAAUCACUCCCCGCGAAAUUCGCCGGUAGUGUCCGAACGUAAAACCCCCAGUGCGGAAUCAAUAAACGUUUCUAGGGACGAAAAUAAUUUAUCCAGAAACAGUGACAGAGUUCCAACUCCACAACAAACAGCUACAUCUUCGUCCGGCAAAUCCACGCUCCCGACAGUUACUUCUCCUACAAUGACCGAUCCGGCAAUAAAAGACAUGCCCCUGGGGACGUUUAAACCUGGUGCACCUCCCACAACAAGUGCUUUUAUCGGUGGAUAUCCCAUACCCGGUUUUCCCUUACCACUAGAUUUAUUGUCUACUUAUCCUGGUUUAAAAGCAGGUCCUUUAGCACCUUAUUUCAGUUACGCCAGAAUGAAGGGCGCUCUAGGUUCAGAGCCUCUUCUGUCUACUUGUAGAGAUCCCUAUUGCACUGGAUGUAGCCUCAAUUCACACUUGUUACCUACAUCGACAGCCAGUGGAAAGACGUCUUCGACUUGUCCCUCAGGGUGCAGCCAGUGUGAGCAUGCAAUGCCAAAGACUUCUGUCGGAUACAACCCGGCAGCUGCAGCUUACGCUCAUGCACAGUUGGCUGCUUUAGCCGCGGCAUCGACGCUUCCAUACAUCUGUAACUGGAUAGCUGGAGACGCGAGUUACUGCGGAAAACGUUUCGCUAGCUCCGAAGAACUUCUGCAGCAUUUAAGAACUCACACAAGUAUUGGAGGUGCCAAUGCUGAGUCAGCGUCAGCGUUGCCUUUCCUGAAUUCAGCUAAUCUACCACCUACGCAUCCCCUGUUUCAUCGGACGUAUCCGACACCCCCUUUGAGUCCUUUGGCUACUGCCAGGUAUCAUCCUUACUCAAAACCGUCACUUCUUCCUCCAUCUUUAAGCUCUUCUUCGUUAACUAGCUUCCCUAUCGCACAUCCAGGGUUAACACCGUAUCUAUCCGCUUACUCCCUCUAUGGUCCGCGAAUUGGAACGAGUCCAGGGAUGCAUCCGUAGGGAAGAAGAAGGGAGGAAGAGUGAGCUGUGCAUGAUAUUACUCUAGUCCAAAAGAAAUCGACUAUUACUUAUACCUAAGCAUUUGAAAAGGAUAUACGAAAGAAAGACUGUUGUCACUCGAAUUUUCGUGGUUUGUGUGAUAUUAUGUAAAUAUAAUAUAUGAAGUUGUGGCAAGGUGUUCUGACUGCUUUUAUUAAAUUAUUUAAACGUUAUCAAAAGUGCUUCUGAAUGCGUUAAUUAAGUUAAUUUCUAGUUAAUUGUUUGCUGUAACGCAACUGUUAUUUCUUGUAAUUUCUCUGGUGAAUUAAAACAAUAUAUUUCGUUUGUACAUUAAAAAUUAAUUUGUUGUUGGUGGAUCUCUAUACACAUUAUACGAUAUAAUCAAACGAAUAUGUAAGAUAAUUUUAUAUUCUAUUUUCUUGAUGUCUAAAAGGCUGAUUAAAACGUCAUGUGCCUGUUGCAUUGAAGAUCAUUUAGUGCUACCGUUUUACAUUCCACAAUAAAAAAAAAAAAGAAUUUAAAUGGUGGAUGAUGUAUAUCGACUUGUAAGUUGGAACACCUUGAAAGUAAGUUAAAUCCAAAAAUUGAAAGACAUCAUAAAAAUGUACAUACUGUUAACUUACGUUAGUUAAGUUCAUUACUUACUAAUGAAGAAGACGUACAGUCGGGAGUAAAAGUAAACAACUGUUUCUUGAAGCAGUUCAUUCUGAUUAGUUACAAAUAUUAAGUAAUUUUUUGAAAUGUUGAUACUGACAAUGUGAUAAUUUUGGACAAAAAAGAUUUACUUUUCUGCCAGACUGUUCCAACAAACGCUACUAGGUGUUUCAAUUUCGUUAUAAAAAUAAAUUUUACUCACUUAUUUCUAGUGUACAACCUGGAGGAAGUUUUAUACAAUCAAUUGAUUUACUGAUUUAAGCGUAUGAUUGGAUGUAGGUACCUCAUGUCGUUUUUGUUUACAGCAGGGUCAGUCUGACCUCAGCUUAAUAAAUUUGUCCACAUUCGGUUUGAAGUUAUUAUGCAACCAAAAUUUACAUAAUCACCAUGUAAGUGGCAAUAAAGUUCUUAAGUUGUUUAUCAUCGUAAUGUGUUGGAACGUUAUUAAAAUUUGAAAUUUAAAUAAAACUGCUAUUUUAUUCCA